AUGCCAAAUGGUCAGGAAUUAUCAGGAGCUGCAGUCACUCCACAUCAUCUCCAAGAAUUCAUCCUCAGCCAUUCGAUACCGACCGCACUAAAUUUCGGGCAUUUGCUGCAUUUUCCAAAUGGAUCUCUGGUUCCAUCAAGCACCCCCAGCAAGAUCAUCAGCGUCACCCAUUCCAGAAGAUCAGGCUUGUUCUUAAACAAUGCCAAAAUUGUCACUCCAAAUGUCUUAAACCUUACCCAUCAAUCUCCGUGCUCGGAAUCCAUGGUUUCAUCGAAGAGAGACGACGAGGCUUCUCCAGCUAGUGACCUAAAGAAGAGCCCAACACUGCACUGA